GUUUGUUUGCCAAACACCAUUAAACCUUAGACGAAGAAGAUUAGUUUCGCAGAUCUGUUGUUGUUUUGUCAGGAUGCUGUUUAUUAAUACAAAGGGUUAGACAUGAGGGUUUUUUUUAAAGAGAAAAAUACUGUUAUUUUCUCAUCCUCACAGUCGUGAUUAAGUUUAGAAUCAAGUAGGAAAUAUCUGGAGAAGUAUCAACUGGACUGAGAUCUGCUGAUGUGAAGAUGGUGUUUGUUAAAGAGGAGAGUGAAGAGAACACGCGUGAACCAGAAACCUGGAGAAUAAAACACGAGGAACCAGAAACCUGGAGAAUAAAAUACGAUGAACCAGAAACCUGGAGAAUAAAACUCGAGGAACCAGAAACCUGGAGAAUAAAACACAAGGAACAGGGAGGCCUGAUGAAAAUGAAAGAAGAAAGACGAGAUCUGAAAGCGGUGGAUGAGAAAUAUCAGGAUCAGGAAUAUCAUGAUGUCAAUGAAGAAAAAUCUGUGAGUUGCAGCAUUAAAACAACAGAAGUCAAGAGGCCUUUCAGCUGCUCUCAGUGUGGAAAGAGUUUUACACAGAAAGCACACCUUAAGAAGCAUUUGUUAUCUCACACUUCAGAAAAACCUUUCGGCUGCUCUCAUUGUGGAAACACUUUCUCAUGUAAAGCAAGCCUUAAUAGGCACAUGUUAAUUCAUACUGGAAUAAAGCCUUUCAGCUGCUCUCAGUGUGGAAAGGGUUUUACACAGAAAGUACACCUUAAUAAGCAUUUGGUAUCUCACACUUCAGAAAAGCCUUUCAGCUGCUCUCAGUGUGGAAACACUUUCACAUGUAACAGAAAUCUUAAGAAUCACAUGUUAAUUCAUGCUGGGAUAAAACCUUUCAGCUGCUCUCAGUGUGGAAAGAGUUUUACACGGAAAGGACAACUUAAGAAUCAUUUGGUAUCUCACACUUCAGAAAAACCUUUCAGCUGCUCUCAGUGUGGAAAAUCUUAUACACGAAAAACAACCCUUAAGGAUCACAUGUUAAUUCAUGCUGGGAUAAAGCCUUUCUCCUGCGCUCAGUGUGGAAACACUUUCAUUUGUAAAACAAGCCUUGAGCAUCACAUGUUUAGUCAUACUGGGAUAAAGCCUUUCUCCUGCUCUCAGUGUGGAAAGAGUUUUACACUGAAAAAAUGCCUUAAGAUGCACAUGUUAAUUCAUAGUGGGAAAAAGUCUUUCUCCUGCUCUCAGUGUGGAGAGUGUUUUAGAAGUAAAUCAUGCCUUAAUAGGCACAUGUUAAUUCAUGCUGGGAUAAAGCCUUUCAGUUGCUCUCAGUGUGGAAAGAAUUUCACAAGUAACAGAAAUCUUGAGAUGCACAUGUUAAUUCAUGCUGAAAUAAAGCCUUUCAGCUGCUCUCAGUGUGGAAAGACUUUUACACGGAAAGGACAACUUAAGGAUCAUUUGGUAACACAUUCUUCAGAAAAACCUUUCUCCUGCUCUCAGUGUGGAAAGAGUUUUACAUAUAAAUCAUCCCUUGGCAAUCACAUGUUUAUUCAUGCUGUGAUAAAGCCUUUCUCCUGCUCUCAGUGUGGAAAGGGUUUUAGACUGAAAGGACAACUUAAGAUUCAUUUGGUAACUCACGCUUCAUAAAAGCCUUUUAUCUGCUUUCAGUGUGGAAGCUCUGUGUCACAUAGAGGAUACCUUGAGAAUCACAUGUUUAAAGUGGUCAUUGAAUGCCCAUUUUCCACAAGUUUUAUGAUUCUUUAGGGUCUUAAAGGGGUCAUAUGAUGCGAUUUUACAAUAUCUACAUAAUUUACAAUUUUAAAUUUCUCUUGGUGCAUAUUUAAGACCUGUUGAGUUGCUAAGACUAAAGUCGCAAAUCCAAAUAAAUAUCCAUUGUAAAAGUUAAGGGUCAACCACACUUCCCUAAAUCGUCUCGUUCUACCAUGCCGUCACAUCUCUACAUCACUAUGUGGGAAGAAUUGCGUAACACCGACCAAAAGGUUCACGUAAAGAUAGAAGGCAUUACUUUUAUUCUGUCUGUUGCCGCAGGUGCCAUGUUGUGGAGUCGCUGUGAGUUUCGUUGAAGUGAAACUUUGUUCGGCCUUCCAAAAUAGGACUUGACUAGAAAUCAGUGGUUAAGUUGUAUUUCAACACUGUUCCAGAACAGUCCAACCCAGAUAUUCUGUGCAUUUUAUGGAGGAUGAGGACUGUUUCCUGAACCAGUAGAGUAGGCUUGUUGGGUGUUGUUUCUCAGAUCAACAAUGCAAACAGGGUUUUAUUUUUACGCAGUGUGAUACGCAGCGUGUAAAAAGACAUUAUAAGUCAUUAUAAUGAGUAAUUAUGUCCCACAUGAUUCAACAAAUGCCUCGUUGGUAAUGUGUUUUAUUUUAUUUUAUUUGUUUUGUCUCGUCUAGUUAAUUAGCGCUGGCUAAUUGGGUCAAGGAUUCUUCUCUGUGCCAAUCACAACAGGUGUGGCCAGCUGACCAAUCAGUGAAGUGUAGGCUUGUGGAAGGGAGGGGUUUGCUCCCAACUUGUUUGGAACAAAUGUUUUAGAAUUAAUCGGCAAAUGACUCUACUAUUAAAUGUAUAUUUUGGGAAAAUUACAAUGUUUUCUUUCCUUAGAUGCAUUUAAUCCUGUUGUAGAGGACUCCAUCACAAUAUAAGGACACGUUAAAAUACCAUAUGACCAGCUCUUUAAACGCUCUUCAAAGUGUGUUUUGGCCUGCACGCCUGCUGUUACUCAACCAGCAUGAGAAGACAAGCCGUCUAGUCUCAACAGCUUUUCAUUCUUUCUUCUACAUCAGUUUAUUUUCUUUUCCUGUUGAGAGUUUUGUGUUCUAAGUUUUGCCGCAAAGCCAUGUCAGACGUUGUCUGCACCAACUUUAAAACUUCAACCAGCAUACACGACUCCACACCAUCCUUCAGCCAAUGCCCAAGACAUCACUUCCAAUGACUCCUGGACCCCAGCCAAUCAACAACCUACAGAAACCCCUUUCUGCAGCCAUGCCAUGCAAAAUUAAUUCCUUUAAAAUGAAGGCAACACAAGUACAACUGUUAGAUUCUUGCUGGUUUAUUGAUUAAAGGCUGUUCAGUAAUUUCCUUUAUUGAUAUUAAUAUGGGAUUUCACAUUUUCACUUAAACUCAUUUUUUCCUCACUUUAUUUCUGCAACUUGUGUGAAUGUAUGAGUGUGUGUGUUUUUUAGAUUAGUUUACAUGUCUUUUUGAUUUAUCCAAUAAAGUCUUGCGUACA